AUGGCGCGGACCAAGACGCCCAGGAAGGCAAAGGCCGCCAAGCCAUCGUCGCCAUCAUCAGCAUCAGCAACAGCAUCAGCAUCAUCCAAGACCUCGCGGCCGCUCACGGGGCUAUACGUCGCCAUCUUCGCCGCCAUCUCGGGCCUCUGCCUGUGGAUCAUGCGCAUCGAGACGGUCCUGGCCGACGUGCCGGCCAAUUUCAUGCCGCAGGUCGAGGCGGCGCGCUACGACAACGGCCUGCCGAUGCGCACGCGGUACACCGGCGUCGCGGCCCUCGACGACACGUUCCGCUACCUGGUGCUGUCGUUCAUCGCGGGCCCCGCGGGCUGGGACGACGGCGUGCGCCUGCAGCAGAUCCAUUUCUUGGUCAAUUUCUUUGCCGUCGUUUGCGUGUGGAAUGUCGAGGCGUGUCGGCGGCGGAACGCAGGGAGGCUUAUUAGUUACACGGCCAUCUUCGCAUGUUUCUACCAGACCGUAGGCGGCGCCGUCAUCAUCCCGCUCUACUACCUGGCCUACACGCUCAGCUCAUCGAGCAACGCAUACUACACCUCCGGCCGCGAAGUUGCCCUGCCCUACGCGCGGGGCCUGCUCUUCGCCGCCGUCGUGGGCUACCUCGUGCCCACCAUCGCCCUGUACAUCCCCUGGUUCAGCUUCGAGACGACGCAGCUGCUCACCAUGGUCUGGCAGCCCGCCCCGCUCUUCGUCAACUUGCUGCUCUUCCUCUCGUCCCUCAUCCUACCCUCAUCCUCAUCCUCAUCCCCAUCCACCUCUUCCACCACCACCUCAUCCUCAUCUUCCACCACCCCCUCCAAGCCCAAGAAAAACGCAGACAUAAAGCACCUCAAGCGCCUUUAUCUCAUCGCCGGCCUAAUCAGCGCCCUAACCCACCUCACCACGCUCUACUUAUCCCUAACCUCAUCCCCCUCCAACCCUUCACUCGCCCUCCGCCGCAUCUUCCUGCCCUCUACCACCUCCCGCCGCGACAGCACCGUGCUCGGGCUGCACUACAUCUUCCAGGUGGACUGGUGGGGCAUCUUCGCGCCGACGCUGCUGUGGGCCUGGGUCGCCGUGUGCGACGUGAUGCGCAUACUACUAAAGCCAGCCGGCGGCGACAAGAAUAACCACAACAACAAUGCGUCGUCGCUGCUGGCCGCGGUUUAUAUCGCCUGCGCGACCGUCGUGCUAGGCCCGGGGGCCGCGCUCGCGCUGGUGUGGAGCUGGAGGGAGGACCGGCUGGCUAUGAUUGAGGAUGGGGUUCGGGGCACGAUUCGGAAGCCCAAGCCCAAGUCGGCGUGA